AUGUCCCUAAUAUCGAUAGCAGGUGUGUUUUUAUUAAUAGUGCAUGUAGAUUGCCACGACUUGUUCCUGGGAUAUCCCGACUUAUCAUCGAAGCUUAUUUAUAGCAAAGUUCACCAAGAAAAUCCGGCUUUGUGGGUCAGAUCGGACACAUUUACAGUUAAUUGCACCAAAAGUGAAGUUAUAAAUGCAGUUAAAAUUCUAGAUUUGAGAGAUGAUAAGUGGGGAGAGGUGUAUGUAAGAGAUGGCGGUAUCGGACAGAAGUUUGUGACGAUAGAACUGAACAGUCCGAGUAUAUUCCGCGGAUACAAUUUCUUAGUUGAAGUCUACGCGAUAGAAACUAAUUAUUUCAUUCAUAAUCAUGGCAAA